CCAACCCUUGCCAACCUCAGUAGCUUCGGGGCACACACGCAAAACCCUCCCCCCCCCACCACCACCCGACUUGGACCAACUUUUGUUUUGUGUUGUGUUGUUUGAUUUCUUUCGGAACAAAAACUUUGUUGGAUCGUUUCCUGGAAAUAUUUCUUUCGGGGGAAGAGCUUUUGAGGUUUUUUUUUGGGUCAGGUUCGUGUGUUUCUUUUAGGGGAAGAGAAAGGAAAAAAAAAAACCAUGUCAAGACGCAGCACCAGCUACAUGUCCAGCAGCAGCCGUUCUCUCGUGCCCACCUCGGGCAACAAGCGGUUGAGUUUCUCCUCCCAGUCGUCGGGUUUCUCCCGAGGGGGUGCGAACCUCUUGGCCGUCAGGCCGUCGAUGGGUGUCAGCGUGAGCUACGAGCCCCACCUGUCCUUCUCGGCGUUCCAGGACUCCCGCGUCCAGGAGAAGGAGCAGAUUAAAGGCUUGAACAACCAAUUCGCAUCCUUCAUCCAAAAGGUGUGCUUCCUCGAGCAGCAGAACGUGCUGUUGGAUAAAAAGCUGAAAGAACUGCAAAAGAGAAAAUCUGGUGGCAACGAUGUGGAUGUCUUGUUCCACAAUUACUGUCAGUAUCUCAAACAGAAGAUCGACUCCUUAACUAACGAGAAACUCAGUUUGACUCUCAACUUGGAGGGCGCCCAAGCACUGGUGGAAGACUGCAAGAACAGGUACGAAGACGAAAUCAACCUUCGCACCGACAGGGAGAAUGAAUUUGUCCUCAUCAAGAAGGACUGCGAUGAGAGCCAGCUCAACAGGAUCAGACUGGAGGCCAAACGCGAAGCCCUUUCCGAGGAGCUGGAAUACCUGAAAGUUAGCUUUACCACGGAGCUCAAUGAGCUGUCCGAGCAGAUCAAUAGCACGAACGUACUUAUUGAGGUCGACAACAACCGUAAGCUUGACCUGACCAGCAUCAUCGGCGAGGUCCGUGGUCAGUAUGACGUGAUGAUCGGCAAGAUGAAAACUGAGGUUUCCUUGGAUAAUGAGAUGAAGGUGGAGAGCAUCAAGAAAGAUGCCGGGAAUUACACGGAUGAACUGAGGAUCAUGAAAAUCGACAUAACGGACAUGGGAAGACACACCUUAAGAUUGAACUCGGAGAUAGAUCUUUUGAAACAACAGAAACAGAAGAUGGAGUCUGCGAUUGUAGAGGCCGAAGAGCGCGGAGAUAUGGCUGUCGCAGAAGCCAAAAAACGCAUCAGCCUAAUUAUUGAAGCCCUGGAGAAGCUCAAGAAGGAGAUGAUGAAGAAGAUUAAAGAAUAUCAGGAAUUGAUGAACAUCAAACUGGCCCUGGACAUCGAAAUUGCCACGUACAAAAAGCUCCUGGAGGGCGAGGAGAGCAGACUCGGAAACCCUGUGCACGUGGUCCACCAAUCAAUAAGAAGUGGACAAUUCGAUAUGGGCAGCAGGAUGGAAGCCAGGAUGGGCGGAAGCAGCUCCAAGUCUGUCAUCAUCAAGACCAUUGAAAGCCAGGACGGCAUAAGGCUCGGGGAAUACUGAGAGAAAUUAAGAGCUGGGAUGUGUUUAUUUUUACGGCGUCCAUGCAUUUCAAUGAUAUUUUACCUCAAUUAUUAAAACAAAAAUCACAUGAAGGAAUCCUGAAGAAGGAAUACGAAGGAAUGAUUCGGAGUACUGAUAGAUCAACGCUGAUUUCUCCACCACUUUUCCCUCCCCUACGGCCCACACUGUGCAACUGAAAUAAAGGUCUAUAGACAAUUCA